CUCACACUUUACUUGUUUGCAGGAGAGCGGAGGCAGAGGGCUCCCGCGCUCACCAUCUUUCCGUUAGUCACCCCAUUACAUAGCGGUAGGUCCUGAUGCUAUCAGGGCGAAUUCUCACCGGCGUUGCCACCUCGUCGUCAUCUCCGUCGCCGGUUCACCCUCUCUUCCCCCACCGUCUCUUAAAGAGCGCCGCCGAUUUAAAACUCGCUUCUUGCUCCCUCAGGUUGCGGGUAUUUUCUGUCAAGCACUUGGAAUUGCACUCUCUUUCGUCGAAAAUACCGGAGCAGGGCAACGAGCGUCCUCCUCCCACGAACCAGGGUCUUGGACUUGAGAAUGGCGACGGCGGUGGUGACGACGUUGAAAAAGGAGAUGAAGGUGAAGAAGAAAUUUCCGGAGUUCAAGUUCCGAGAGAGAGAUACAUUUCAGUUUCAAAAUCGGAGCUUUUGGACGCCAUCAUAUUGAUGAUGUUUGAGUCUCAAGAAGACAUUGAUCAGUUUCUGCUUCUGUCUUCGUGCUUGGACUCUAUACUUCAUGCUGAACACAAAGGCCUUCUUGAAGAAAUGAGAAUUGAUUAUUCCAUUACUCAUUCUUUUGAAGAAGAUGGAACAAUUGAUCAAGGCUCAACUGGUUUAGAAAGAAAAUUUGUAAUUGACUGGAAGGAGUCUAACUCAACUAGGGAUGACGCAGCUGGAACCAGAAGCAUGGAGAGAUAUGGGGAGGAGAAGACAGAAGUUGAUCAACUUACACCUUUUAGUUAUGGUAUAGAUUUGAGAUCUCUAUUUGGAUCAGCCAAAAAUCCGAAGAAAAAUUCUGGUGGGGAUUCCAGAGUUGCUGUUUCCACUCGUUUCCAGCGGGCUUUCUUGCAACUGCUCCAUAAUGCUCAAUUUGAAGAACUAUCAGCUAGUGAUUUAAUGUUGACAUCUGCGUUAAACACUGAUUAUCUCUUGACUUUGCCAAUAUAUGUUGACUGGAAGAGAGCUUCUGAGUCCAAUGCAAUAAUAUUCAGGCGUGGAUAUGCAACAGAGAGGCAGAAAGGCCUUCUAAUUGUUGAAAAGCUGGACUAUAUACAGUCAAAGAUAUUGGAGAGAAUCUUCUCCAUUGCAAUAAAACCACUGGUGAAGGUUUUGAAAGCUGCUUUUAAGACAAAAGAAGUUGAAAUGUGGACUAAGAGAAUGAAGUCUUGGCUUAAGGAACUGACUCGUUAUCAGCAAGCAUAUUCUUACAAUGAUCAAACUUGUAACAACAAGCUGGAUGUGGACCAACUAUCAGAAAAUGAUCUCCCUAUUUGGCUUGCGGCACAGAGGACAGUAACUCGCUAUGAAGGGAUUUUGUCAGCAGUUGGACCUCGUGGCAGGCUUUUGAGGAAGUUUCUUAUAUGGAUUGGGCUCCUACCCUCUGCACUGGAAACGUCAUUCAAGCUAAGCACCAGCAGUUCUUCUUCUGAGCCUUACUUAAGCCCAAUUUUCUUACCAAGGAUAUCACUUAGUGACAUAUGGAGGCCUGCUACAAGGAAAUAUAGUGGCAACAAUAUUUGGAAAAUGUUGAAAACAUCCAUUUCAGUUCUUCUCUCUCAGUCAGUACUCCAGGAGCCAGCAUUCCAGGAAUUGAUUUUGCUUUAUACAGAAGAAGCUGCUAAACAAGAAAUUAGGGAUAAAGCUGACAUUCCUUCUUUGCAGUUGAAGAUAUAUGAGAGAAUUCCUAUUCCUGAUUUACGUGUAAUUUUUCCUCACAAGAAGCUCUCUUUCCGUAUAAUAGACACGGUUCGCUUGGAUGUUGCUACAAUACUGGGACUCUUGGCAUUCUUCGUAAACUACAAAUUUGAGGACAUCUUAGCUUCCCCAUCAGCAGUGCUUCUUGAUGUGAUCGCUGUCAGUGCCCUUGUAUUAUAUGCAACUCGCGUGUUUUUGGGUUACAAACAAACAUGGGAUAGGUAUCAACUUCUAGUCAACAGGACACUUUAUGAGAAAACCCUAGCAAGUGGAUUUGGCUCAGUUCAUUUUCUUUUGGAUGCUUCUGAACAGCAGCAAUAUAAGGAAGCCAUUUUGGCCUAUGCAGUUCUACUCAACAUGGACAAAGGCCAGGCUGCUUCUCACCAAAGUAUAGGGGACAAAUGUGAGAUAUUCAUGUACAAUGUGUUUAAAAAGAAGGUUGAAAUGCCUAUCAACGAGGCAAUGGGUACAUUGACGAGGCUGGGUCUGGUGACAGAGUCACAUAUUGAUGGACAGAUCAGAGUGCAGGCUAUUCCCAGUCCUGAGGCAUAUGAGGCCCUCAAACAGCGUUGGAAUAGUUUGCUUAAUUAAUUUCGAUUCAUGUCCUCAAACUUUUAUUUUUUGCUUCAGCUGUAUAUAUAAUUGUAAAUAUAAAUAUAAAUAAACUUUGAAUAUUCCACUA